CCAGGAUGGUCUCGAUCUCCUGACCUCGGGAUCUGCCCGCCUUGGCCUCCCAAAGUGCUGGGAUUACAGGCGUGAGCCACCACGCCCGUACAAUUUUUGUACUUUGGUAGAGAUGGGGUUUCACUAUGUUGGCCAGGCUGGUCUUGAACUCCUGACCUCAGGCGAUCCACCCACCUCAGCCUCCGAAAGUAUUGGGAUUAUAGGCGUGAGCCACUGCACCCAGCCUAUUGGUCCAAUUUUCUGUUUUGUUUUGUUUUUGUUUUUGAGACGGAGUCUCGCUCUGUCGCCCAGGCUGGAGUGCAGUGGCGCAAUCUCGGCUCACUGCAAGCUCCCCCUCCCGGGGUCACGCCAUUCUCCUGCCUCGGCUUCUCCGAGUAGCUGGGACUACAGGCGCCCGCCACCAUGCCCGGCUAAUUUUUUGUAUUUUUAGUAGAGACGGGGUUUCACCGUGGUCUUGAUCUCCUGACCUCGUGAUUCGCCCUCCUCGGCCUCCCAAAGUGCUGGGAUUACAAGCGUGAGCCACCGUGCCCGGCCAAUUUUCUGAUCUAUUUUUCACUCUUGCCUCUGGCUCUAGCCCACAUCGGUGCAUAUGUGUGUGUGUAUGUGAGUGUGCAUGUGUGUACAUGGUGUGUGUAUGUGGGUGUGCACGUGUGUACAUGGUGUGUGUGUAUGUGGGUGUGCUUGUGUAUACAUGGUGUGUGUAUGUGGGUGUGCUUGUGUGUACAUGGUGUGUGUAUGUGGGUGUGCUUGUGUGUACAUGGUGUGCAUGUGUACAUGGUGUGUGUAUGUGGGUGUGCAUGUGUGUACAUGGUGUGUAUGUGGGUGUGCUUGUGUGUACAUGGUGUGUAUGUGGGUGUGCUUGUGUGUACAUGGUGUGCGUGUGUACAUGGUGUGUGUAUGUGGGUGUGCUUGUGUGUACAUGGCAUGCAUGUGUGCAUGUGGGAUGCAUGUGUGUAUGGGGCAUGUGUGCAUGGCGUGUAUGCACAUGUCUGGGCAUGCAUGUGUGUGUCAUGGGCAAGCAUGUGUGUGUGUGCGGUGUGUUGCUCUGCAGGCCCCAGUGUUGGCCGCCCCCCCCCACCCCGGUCUUUAAGUGACUUCCCUCCUAGGAGGCUUGGUGUGACUGGCAUUCUGUGGAAAGGGAGGGGCGGAUCUGCAGAACGGGCAGCUUCAGGGACACAGGGGCUGCUGAGUGGCAUUGUGGCUUGUUGGCCUUGGUGUCUGCGGGUUCCCACCCACACAGAGCUUUUGCAAUGGAAUCAUGCGUGCCCAGUUCACAGAGCGAGUGACGCUGAGGAAUAAGAACAGAGGGAACUUCUCAAGGAGGAAGGAAGAAAGGAGUUGUCAAAGAUGGGCUGAGCAAAAAACCGUGCGAUCGGCCGAGGAGGGGCCGGCAGCGCCUCCCUUCCUGCCCACAGAGCAGCCGCCCUGUGCCCGUCUAUUCUCCGGCUCUACAUGGGGCCUCUGUUUUAAAGGGUUCUGUGGCCAAGACAAGCCUGCCAGCCCCUGUCCCUGUCCUUGGCCACUCCUCCGGCAGCUUUCCCCAUUCCUGAAGCGGUGGCUAGCCCUGCCCAGCCUCUUGUCCCAUCUCCUUACCUGUGACAGUCACCAAGCCUCUGGGAAUGUGGUCACCCUACGACAGCUAAACGAGGAAGCUGUGCGGUGCACGCAGGUUUGGCUGACCCCAAGGGCCAGUUGCUGUGCGUGGGAGCCAGCACUAGGUGGAGCUCUGCCGGCCGGGGCACAGGGAGGAACGGCAUCCAGGAGGAGGGUGCAGCAGGGUGAGGCCCUGUGGAACAGACUCUGGAGCUGGAAUAGGGUUUUAGGAUUUGAGAUUGACGCAGUGAACUCUGUCCAGUUUUCAAACCACACAGGCUAUGCCCACUGGAAGGGCCAAGUGCUGAAUUCAGAUGAGCUCCAGGAGUUGUACGAAGGCCUGAAGCUGAACAACAUGAAUAAAUAUGACUACGUGCUCACAGGUUAUACGAGGGACAAGUCGUUCCUGGCCAUGGUGGUGGACAUCGUGCAGGAGCUGAAGCAGCAGAACCCCAGGCUGGUGUACGUGUGUGAUCCAGUCUUGGGUGACAAGUGGGACGGCGAAGGCUCGAUGUACGUCCCGGAGGACCUCCUUCCCGUCUACAAAGAAAAAGUGGUGCCGGUUGCAGACAUUAUCACGCCCAACCAGUUUGAGGCCGAGUUACUGAGUGGCCGGAAGAUCCACAGCCAGGAGGACGCCUUGGGGGUGAUGGACAUGCUGCACUCUAUGGGCCCCGACACCGUGGUCAUCACGAGCUCCGACCUGCCCUCCCCGCGGGGCAGCGACUACCUAAUCGUGCUGGGGAGCCAGAGGAGGAGGAAUCCCACUGGCUCCACGGUGAUGGAACGCAUCCGGAUGGACAUUCGCAAGGUGGACGCCGUCUUUGUGGGCACUGGGGACCUGUUUGCUGCCAUGCUCCUGGCGUGGACACACAAGCACCCCAAUAACCUCAAGGUGGCCUGUGAGAAGACCGUGUCUACCUUGCACCACGUUCUGCAGAGGACCAUCCAGUGUGCAAAAGCCCAGGCCGGGGAGGGAGUGAGGCCCAGCCCCAUGCAGCUGGAGCUGCGGAUGGUGCAGAGCAAAAGGGACAUCGAGGACCCGGAGAUCGUCGUCCAGGCCACGGUGCUGUGAGGGCCGCGCCGCUCACCCGUGACGCGCAGCGCGUUGGUGUCUCCGUGUUUGUCCCUGUGAAAACAUGUAACGUCUGCCUUAGAGCCAUGACCGAAACUUGAUAUUUUUUUCUUUCAUGAGUGUCCGGCAUCUGCUGGUCUUCAUUGUGAAAUGUGCCAGUCGUGCUUUGUGAAAAAUAACAAAGCGGUCACAGAAAUUUGUGAUCUGAAAACCCAGCUCCCUUCCCCACGAGGCUCCUGGACCUCCGGGAAGACGGGCCCCUGUUUGCCAUCUCGGGGAGUGUUCCAUGUGGGAGGGUGAGUGGGUGAGGCCGAGCCUGCUGCGCGUUGACCCUCGAGUGGGCCCCGGCUGCCACUACCACACAGAGGCCAUGUUGCGUGUGGGCUGGGCCUGGGUGGCUUCUGUCUUUGCAUCUGUGAGAAGGAGUCGCGUGGUAACUGUUGAGGGCAGGAAGAAUUCUGCCAAGUAUCUUUACUGUCAUUCUGAUCAUAGCCUCUUUGUUCCUGCAUUUGAACUUUUGUUUCUUACUUUGCUGCUCGUUUAGUCCCUGGAGAUUUCAGAUCUUAGGCUGCUGUUUCACCGUAUGGGAGGGUUGAUGUGAGCUUGCUCGGAGGCACACAGGUGCAGAGUCAGGGACCUUCCCAGGCCCCAGCAAAUACAAGUCGGUCCGCAGACCUCUCAGGUAUCUGCGAGACCUCCUGUAACCCAUGGGCGUCUUCCAGGAAUCCGCUGAGCGACGUGAGGAAGAUGCUAACGCAGUAAGGUCCGUGCUGGGCCAAGAGCAGCUUUGAAGCUCCAGAGAACCACCCCGUCAGGUUCCCUGUGGAAGCUCCCCUCAUCUGUGGUGCAGCAGGCUGAGCACUGCGCAUUCGCCACGUGCUGCCCGUGACAGCACAUCGAGCCACAGCAUUUGUAGACAGGACAGAGGGGUGCCUGCCCCCUGCCCCUGCUGGCACAUUUAACCCUUGUCCCCUGACCUCAGUUCUGUGCCCCACCAAAUGCCCAGGGGCAAGAGGCCACCCUGGAAGCUGCCAAUCUUCCGAGGUGGGUGUGGGGCACGGUGGGGGCGGGCAGCUCCCAGGCCCUUGGGCAGGCUGGGGUGGUGGCAGAGGCCACAGCACCAGCUCUGACACAUCCCGUCAUCCUCUGCUCAGCAAUGACCUCCCUGGCCCCACUUUGCCCAGAGUUUGGGGUCCCCCUAGGUAUAGCUAUAGGCGGCAGUGCCUGUCUCUGGCUUGCCUUGAUUUCAACCACACCCUUGCAGCCCUGCACCCCAGCUCCGGGGUGUGCAGAGGUUUGUGUCUCCAGGGAACCCACGGCUGGAGAGAAAUAGGGAGAUGCAGGAAGUGGGGGCCCAUGGGGCCCCUAGGAAGCGGACUCUCCAAGGGGUACCCCCACCCCGCUACCUUCCCCACAGAUGGGUCCCUCCUGGAGCCCACACCCUCCUGUGAGGCCAUUCCAGUGUCUUCUAGAAAGACUCGCUUUCCAGGAGUGCGUUCUUUGUUGAAAAAUGCCCUAAAGGGAAAAGAUGCAGGUUUAUGUGGAACCCCCCCACCCCCGCCCCCACUCUUCCCCACUCUGUUCGUUCUGAAUGCCUUCACGAGCGUGCAUCAGGGCGCCUGGCUCCCCUACCUCAACCAGUGAGUCAGACAUGGGUUUCCCAGCCAUGUUUCCUGGCUCUGAGGACACGGGUGGCAGGCCCCUUGCAGCUCAGAGCCACUGGUCCCUGCAGGGCGUUGCCACAACAGCAGGAAGGAGGAAGGCUGUGGCCGGAGCCUGGUGGGGGGGCGGCCUCCCCAGUAUGUGAGUGCGGGGAUCCGCCAGAACCACCUGGCCCUCUGUAGGGUGUUUAACUGGAAAUACCCUCACUGCCAAGUGGAGACUGGGGCGUGUGCCACAUUGCCAGCCACCAGGAAAGCUUUUCUUUUUCUUUUUUUUUUUUUUUAAACACCAAGAGUACGUAUAGCAUGGGGGAAAGAACCUAAAUGUCUCUCUCUUCUAUGAGCUGGUGAAAAACCCAGCAUGAGAACACAGUGUCAGGUGUGGGGCUCCUUCUGCCCGUGCAGUGGGUGUUACAGGCGGUGUGCCCUGGGGAGCAAACUUUGAUUCUUGGUUCUUUGAGCUCAUUUCAGAGGCUGAGUCCCCACAUCAGCUUUACUUCUUGGACUUCCCUGUAUUAAGCAAGAAUUAGGAGAAUGGCUGUCCCCGCAGGCGCCUCCCGUAAAUCCUGAGCUCUCUGGCGCAAUCUGAAACUCUGUUCUCUUUGGCUGUAUCAGCCGAGCCGGGAGAGGCCUAGGCCGUGACUAAGGAGAAAGAAAUCGGGGUUUCCGAGAGCAGAUGGUGCCUUUGUGGGUGCAGGGCUGUUGUGGAAAUUGUCAGCCUCUAUGGGCAGAGUCCGGCAUCCCCUCCCCAGACUGCCUGCUGUCACCACAGAGCAGCUGGAGCCUGCCCUGUCCACGGCCCAUUUCCACCCGGGCAUGGUCGUCUCUCAUGACUUGGGCAGAGGCCCCCGGUGGUCUUGAGUUUCAGUUUCUCAUCCAGGAAGGUAACCAUGGGCAUUGGCAAUGGGUUUCCAUAUGGCUCGAAUCUAAAUUAGAAUUGAUCUUUGUUUUCAGUUUCCAUAGUUAUUAACAUGCAAAAUAAUGAGAAGAAUUUAUUUUAAGGUGAGAGCUGUAUUCGUCCAACGUUGCCUGCUUAUUGUCAGGGUACAGAAUUUUAAUACUUUCUUAAUCCAGUUUUUCAGACUUCUUGUAGACCGUAAGGAUGAAUUCCACAAUAGGAUCCUUUUUAAAAUCGAUUUUAAAUUGUUGCCUAGUCCUGCCAAGGUUAUUAGGUGCAUCUGUUAUUUUUCCAAUACAUGUAAACAAUUGCAGCGUGAUGCUUUGUUUAAUGUCCUGUUCUUAAGCUCGUUAGAGCCAGUUUUGAAACGUUUGGUCUUACCGUGAACGGAGGCUGGCUUGGCUUAGCCACGCUGAUGAGUAAGUGAGGGAUGUCUCCAUCUUGAGAUCACCAGGCAAGAGAGUUGCCUGCACCAGGGGGGAGGCCAAAGCCCCUGGGGUAACAGUCCCCACCGCCACCCGAGGUAAGACAAUAAAAGCUAUAUGGUUGAGCUCAGGCCUCUCGUGCCUGGUGUCAGAGAAGGCAGAGCCCACAGUAGGGUGCAGGGUACAAGGCCCUGGGAGGGCACCGGCCAGGGAAGGUGGUAUAGAUGGCCCUCAGAUUGCUGGGCCCUGAACAGCUCCCCGCCCUGCCCAUCCACCUGCCCUGGCUCCAGCCUCGUUCUCUCUUUAGUUUAACUGUGCAAAAAGAGGAGGUUGAGAAUGUUCUGGCAGCUGGAGCUCUUCUCCUUGUCCUUCCUGCCCUCCGACGGGGCCACCUGUGUCGGGGCAGCAGGGUCCAUGUUUAUGGAGAUCAGAGGUGCCCCCACUGUGUGGCUGGACUGUACUCUGCUGCCCGGGUAGCCAGGAGUCCCUCCCUCUCUCCCCUGCCGCCUACCUGGUCUCAUGGGCCUCCUUCACACACCCCUCCUUGUGGAUCGUCUGUCUGGGCCCAGAGCAGGGGAACUGGAGUUUGCGAGUGAGCAGAGCAGGUUAUGUGCAGACAGGGAAACAAGAACUUUGGACCUGGCUUUCUGAGUCCAGGUGAGAGCUGUGUGGCCCCCCGAUGCCACUCUGCCCGCCAGAGGGAUGUGCCUGCUGUGCCUUUUCCUUCCACGCCGCCUCUCACUGCCAGGCCAGCGGCUUCUGCUGAGACUCGCUGGAGAGGCGGCUCCCAUGUCCGUCCACCGAGCACUCAGAUGGAUGCUGAUCACCAGGGCUGAGGGGGCUCCCAGAAGGACCCCAGGCCCUGGGGAGGGUGGCUCUGGGAGACCAAGUCCACUGCCCGGAAGUCUUGUCAGCCCUAAGCCAGGGAAGCCUGGAGCUUGGCCUGGCGGGUCUGGGUGGACACCAUCCCCACUCCGGACUCCCAGCACAGGGGAGGAGGCCUGAGCCUGUGUGGCCCUGUAGCCCUGGGCAGAGCUGGGCCUGUCGUGUGUUCCUGCCUGGCAGGUGCAGGUGCUGGCCAUCUGCAGGUGGAAGGAGGUGGGAAUCUUGGAUAUUUUUUUUUUUUUUGAGAUGGAGUCUCACUCUGACACCCAGGCUGGCGUGCAAUGGUGUGAUCUCGGCUCACUAUAAACUCCGCUCCCCGGGUUCAAGUGGUUCUCCUGCCCCAGCCUCCCAAGUAGCUGGGAUUACAGGCAUGCGCCACCACGCUCAGCUGAUUUUUGUAUUUUUAGUAGAGAUGGGAUUUCAUCAUGUUGGCCAAGCUAGUCUCAAACUCCUGACCUCAAGUGAUCCACCCUCCUCGGCCUCCCAAAGUGCUGGGAUUACAGGCGUGAGCCACCGUGCCCGGCAGAAUCUUGGAAUUUUUAUAGACAGCACCUCAGUUUCUGACUCCAGCUGCACACCUCCUGCCUCUACCAGCAGGAGUUGCCACCAGGCCAGAGCCAGGGCCAGGACCCUGCGUCCAUCCCCCCCGGUAGGAUGGACGUGAGCCAUCCUUCUAGGGGACUUUUUUCAGUGUUCGACUCGUCUCUGUUAAGUGGUAGGAGCCUGUGUGUGUGGCCUGUGCCACGCUCCGCAGUGCGUGGCUGGGCUCUGUGUGUGUCCUGUAUCCCCUGUCCCUGCAGGGCCCAGCAGGCAUCGUGGCAUGACAGCUGUGUCCAAGCCACUGCUCGAGCAUCCCAUCACCCACCAGGGCGCACGGUCACUCCCACUGGGGGCUUUCUGUCGCAUGUGUGUCUCCUGUCGACUCUGCAGUUUGUUCUCAGAGCAGAAUGUUUCCUGUUCUCAGUGCACAAAGACACUGGUUUUCAAUCAACGUCUAAAACCGCGUUCCUGCCUUUCAUUGCAACACAGUGUGUUCAUUUGUUUAAAACAGAGUUUAAUGAGUAAGUGUAGAUGACUGGUCAAUAUCUUAAAAAUUUAUAUUAAUAAAAAGUUCUUCCUGGAA